GAACUACAACUCCCAAAACGAAAUGCGAAGGAAGUGUGUAAACACGGGCAGCAACCGGACAUUUGGAAAUGUCCGAGAGUAAUUUGUAAACAAUGGUUUCUUUCAAGACAGUUUGGCUGUUUAGUAUUUUGUCUUUGUCAUUCUUUUGCUUUGCUUCCUGGAAAAGUUCCAAUGUAGGGGUGAAAGGGCUGGUGCUGCUGGUGGGCAGAGCCCUCUUAGUCCUGGGUCUUGUCAGCUGGCUGGUCUCCGUUGUGGUACCGAGGAUCAGCUCGCUGGCACUGCGUCCUCCAAGGAGUUUUCCUGAAGCUCCGGAAGAUGAAGUUGAGCAGAAACGAAAGCUGGCGAGAAGAGAGCAGCAGGAUGAAUACAGCCAGAAGGCAUCGACGUACCAGGAAAACAUACUGAAACCUCGGCAAGAGGCUAAAUUCAGGAAAAAGGAAGAGCAUUUCUACAGGAUGACAGGGGAGGCCUGGAAACUGUCGGAGGGAUAUGCACUUGGGCUGGACCAAGACUCUGAGGAAGGGGCAGUCCUUGGUGAGGAAGACUUCACUUCUGAAUCCCCCAACCAGGAGGCUCUGAGGAGAAGGAAGCUUCCAGAGAGCGCCACACGACCCCCACCGCCUCUAGAACCACCCAGGCAGAAGAGGAUCAUUGUAUUACCUGAGGAGCCAUCAAAUGGUGUUGAUGGGGUGGUUACAAUUGCCCUCAGAUGUCCAAGUGGAAGGAUUUUGAAAAGAAGGUUUCUUAAGUCCCACAGUACCCAAGUACUGCUGGACUGGAUGUUGAAGAUAGGAUAUCACCCUGCCAUUUACACUGUCUGUACAACAUAUCCUAGAAGACCUCUUGAGAUUGGAAAGGAGACAAGUCUAGAAGAUACUGGAAUUACAAGCGAUACUGUAUUGAACGUGGAUGAAAAAGACCCCUGUACUUAAAUACCAAAUCCCGAACCUGGAGAUGUUACAUAUUUCUGAAGCAAUAAACAAAUUCACUGCAACUCUUUGCUGGUGAAGUAUUUUAAAUAUAAAUUGAAGAUACAUCAGCCUCUUCUUGUUGUGCAGUGGUUUCAAACUCACUUGACCAGUUUACUGGGGCACAUAAUUUCCCCCCACAACUAGGUGUUAAUCCACAUCACAAAAAUCUUUCAUAAGAAAUAGAGCUAGCAAAUCCAUAGGAACUACCAUCACUUAAUGGCAAAUGUAACCAUUCCUGAUGGAUGUACUAGUCCAAAGAUACAAGCAGAAACACAAUACAUGACCUUUGUAAAAGGUUUAGAUAUUUAUAAUUAAUGAAGAAUUCAGUAAAUUACUUUGACAGCAGUAAACUCGCCAAGUCACUGAACCUACAAGUGCUUCUUUAUUAAGUUGUUUAUAUGAGUUGCUGAGCAAUGGAGUGGGGGGAAAAAAAAAGCAGUUUUCACCACACAAUUGCAAAACAAAGUAUCUGGGUUCUUUGGUAUAUAAAUGUAAUGACCCAGUUAGUCUGCGUAAUAUUUGUACAUCAGAUCCAUACUUGUACAGACCUACUACAGCAACUUACUGGAACCCAUAAGCCUGUGUCUAAUUUACGAUCAAAAUUACUUUAUUUGUUCAAAUACACCAAGUAAAAUGCUAGCACUUCAUGGCAAAUAUACAGAAAAAAGGUACAGUAAACACAGAACAGUAAAUUCAGACAAUAAAAGGGGAGGGAGAGCCUUAUAUAUGAAAGCAUACACUCCCAACAGGGCACAUUUUCUCUCCAUUUCAGCAUAACAUUCCAGAACUAAUAGUGGAGGGGCAUAAGCUUGAGCAUUGUCCUCAUAAAAUAAAAACCUAAAAUUCAUGCCUGGCAUAGCUACAACAAAAAAAAUUACAAAUGUCCAGUGAAGGCAAUAAAGCAAGUUGCCACAAUAACUUUAUUAUUGUUAUUAUUAUUAUACAGUCCAGGAACAAAAUGACAAACUACCAAUAGUAUACAGCAGGCAAUCGACUGUUGAACUGAAUGCUAAAUGGGAUAUGGUGUCUUACUGAAACUCUGGGUCAUUUCUAAUGUGUGCUAAAUGCUUGUCAUUUCAUUUAUGGCACAUUUGGUCCAAGUUGGUGCUUUCAUGUUGUAACAGAUCCCAUACAUUUUAUUUUUUUGUCACUGUGUUUUCUACACCAGGUUAGUUUCAGAAGAAGGUUAGGUAGAUAGAAGGAUCUCUUUAUAGGAAAUAGUCUGGGGUGCGGCGGGUGACGUGGGGCUCUCCUCGGCGGGGUGCUGGGUCAAACUGAAGG